GCUCGUAGCCAGCGAGCUAACACUGCGAGCUAAGCUAAAGUAGCUCGCAGUUUUAGCUCGUUUAAAGCCAGCGUUGUGAGCAAAGCUCCCGUGAGCUGCUCACUGUUUAUCUCCACGAUAGUGUUUCCUGCUAGUGGGGUCAAGCUAACAGCGGCUAACUAAUACGCUGUGUCCGUGGCCUAGCGUUAAUGCGCAAUGUUAUAGGAAUGCCCAAGGAAAAAUAUGACCCGCCGGAUCCCAGGCGGAUGUACACAAUUAUGUCCAGCGAGGAGGCAGCCAACGGGAAGAAGUCAUACUGGGCUGAGCUGGAAAUCAGCGGCCGAGUAAGGAGUCUCAGCACAGCCCUGUGGUCUCUCACCCACCUCACUGCCCUGCACCUCAGUGACAACUCAUUGUCACGCAUCCCGCCAGACAUUGCCAAACUACACAACCUGGUGUACCUGGAUCUCUCAUCCAAUAAGAUCAGGAGCCUGCCGGCAGAGCUCGGAAACAUGGUGUCUCUCAGGGAACUGCUUUUAAAUAACAACCAGUUGCGGGUUCUGCCAUUUGAAUUGGGAAAACUGUUUCAGUUACAAACACUGGGGUUGAAAGGAAACCCACUUGCACAAGAAAUUAUGAGCCUCUACCAGGAACCUGAUGGCACGCGGAGACUGCUCAACUACUUGUUAGACAAUCUGGCAGGGGCUAUCAAGCGCAUACCAACAGAGCAGCCCCCAGCACGGUCAUGGAUCUCUCUCCAAGAACCGGACCGAGCACGGGCCUCAGCACUGUUCUCUGUGAUGUGCUACAACGUGCUGUGUGAUAAAUACGCCACACGACAGCUAUAUGGCUACUGCCCCUCUUGGGCUCUAAACUGGGAGUACAGGAAAAAAUCCAUCAUUCAGGAGAUUCUGGGCUGCAACGCAGACAUCAUCAGUUUGCAGGAAGUAGAGACAGAGCAGUACUACAGUUUCUUCUUGCCUGAGCUGAAGGAGCAGGGAUAUGACGGGUUCUUCAGUCCAAAGUCACGAGCCAGGACUAUGUCGGAGUCGGACCGUAAACACGUGGACGGUUGUGCAAUUUUCUUCAAGACGGAGAAAUUCAGCGCAGUGCAGAAGCACACGGUGGAGUUCAACCAGCUGGCCAUGGCUAACUCCGAGGGCUCAGAGGCUAUGCUGAACAGGGUGAUGACAAAGGACAACAUUGGAGUAGCUGUACUGCUUGAGGUCCGCAAAGAGAUGAUGGAGGUCUCCUCUGGAAAGUCACUCCACGGCAUGGAGAAGCAGCUGCUCCUGGUAGCCAAUGCCCACAUGCACUGGGACCCAGAGUACUCUGACGUCAAGUUGGUCCAGACUAUGAUGUUUCUGUCAGAGGUGAAGAACAUAGUGGACAAGGCCACACGCAGCCUUAAGUUGUCCUCUGUCUCUGGUGAGACCAAUGCCAUUCCACUGGUGCUGUGCGCUGACCUCAACUCCUUGCCUGACUCUGGCGUAGUGGAGUACCUUAGUUCUGGUGGAGUGGACUGCACCCACAAGGACUUCAAGGAGCUUCGUUAUAGCGACAGUCUGACCAAAUUCAACUGCAACGGCAAGAACAGCACGUCCAAUGGCAGGAUCACCCAUGGCUUCAAGCUGAAGAGCGCCUACGAGAACGGCCUGAUGCCUUACACCAACUACACCUUCGACUUCAAGGGUGUCAUCGACUAUAUUUUCUACUCCAAGCCUCACCUGAACGUGCUGGGUAUCUUGGGCCCCCUGGACCCCCACUGGCUCGUAGAGAACAAUGUCAGCGGCUGCCCACAUCCCCACAUCCCCUCCGACCACUUCUCCCUCUUCGCCCAGCUGGAGCUGCUCCUGCCCAACCUGCCCCAACAGGUCAAUGGGAUCCAUCUGCCUGCACGCAGGUAGUGAGUCCCUGCCACACCACCAGGGGGAGCUGCAACCACAGCCUCUCCCUUUCCAGCCCUCCUCCUCCCUCCCACUACCAGCUCUUCCCUCCACCACAAUGGCGGAGGAAGACAAAAAACACAACCUGUAAAAUAUUCGUAAAAGUGAGGUCUGGCCGACAGGGAUUUCGUAUAAUGUUAUAGAUAUUCUAUAUUUUUCUUUUUUUCUUUCUUCGUUUUUCUUUUUUGUUCUUUUUUUAACUGCUCGAUUCAGUCCUGUUCGUGUAUCAUAUUUUCUGUUUUGGACUCCCUUUCCUUCUCAGAUCCACCCACCCACCACCACCCACCCACCUCCUUUUGCUUCUGUCUUUCAAACUAGAGGGGAUGGUAGCUCAUUCAGAUUUGUCCCAUGGGGCGCUGUAUGGUUUAAGAGCAAGAGGAAAUUAGAAGUGGCUGCGGGGGGGCGGGGGGGGGCAACAUUUACCUGGAAAGCUCCAUAGCUGAUGGUCUGCCUGUCUGUCUGUCCUGUAUAAAUCUGAAACCAGCAAAGACAGCAGACUGGUCAGUCUCAGACCUCCAUCCUUAGCUUCUAUGCCCCUGUACUCUGGGCAGCCAGCGUACUUUCUCAGUCUUUCUAGAAUACACGUUGGAGUUGGUUGUCGUCGGGGUAGAGCAAAGCGUUCAGCUGAUAGUUAAGCAUCCCUUUUUUUGGAGGUGGGCGUAGUGCAGCUCGUACGAGGUGAGAUUUCCUGCUGUCAUUCUGUGGUGCUGAGGCCUUUUGUGUGGUCACGGCCUCUCGUGGUGCUACAAGAUAGUCUACACCUCCUGACCCCGGCCCUGGUGCAUAUUUGCUACCAAAACCCACAGAUGCCUCAAUAACCAGACAUCUGAGAAUCACACUGGCCUGAUUUCACACAGGCAGUAUGUAGUGAUUAGUGAAGGAGGGAUGAUAUGAGAACACUGAGAGCAGCUACCAUCCUGUUUGCAGACUGUUUCACCCCGGCUUGUAUAGUUGUUAGGCUAGUCUUGUGCUUAGGAGCUCACGUGACCCAUGUUAACACCACUUUUUUUUUUUUUUUUGUUGGGCAAAGGGGCAAGGGAUUUAGGCUGAUGGGCAAAGCGUCGAGGGGCUUUCACAAAUCUUUUCUUUUUGUCUUGAUUGCUUUUAGGCAGAGAGAGCGAGUAAUGGCUGAUACACAGGAGUAAAACCAGCAUUCCUCUCACUGUCUGGAGUUGCCAUCCAACUCCACACAUGCAAGCUUACACACACACAUACUUACAUACACGCACACACACAGACAUAACACAGGUAAUUUUUGCAGGCAGAUCUGUAGCACUGUCUCCGAGGCCAGUAGUGACUUUCCCCAGCCAUAAAUUCCAUACACAAAAAGCAGUGGUUUUUUUCACAAGUGUUUGUACAGAAUAGAAAUCUAGACUCAGUCUUUACAUGAUUGUAUAUGAACCACAAAAGACCUGUUUUCUGGCGUUUUUUGUACUAAGAGUAAAUUAUGAUCAGAUUUGAGAAGAAAAAAAAAAAGAUUGUAUUGUAAACUAUGGCUAAAUUUUUAUCCAGUUAAUGUUAAGAUGAAUUGAUAUUACCAGCUUGUACAAAAGACGUAAGAAGAGGUUGUUCACGGCGUUCGCUGUCACUACUUUGCACUCCCGAGAGAUUAACUGUAAUUAAUGUAUCAGUAUUGUUUUUUUUGUGUUUUUGUUUUUUUCCCCCCUCUCUCUCUCUGCUGUUGAUUUGAUUUGCCGGCAUAUUGCUGCGAUUGUAAAUAGACACUGAGUAAACUCUGCCUGUUGCUUGUUGCCCAUUAACAAAGCCAUUGAUCCACACUGCUGCCAUCAGUUCAGACAAAAAAGGACACGCAAGGAUGAGUCGCAGCCCACCGGUGACUCCACAUCUGUUCAUCUAUAGAUCUCACGCGCACUCUCGCGUGACUGAUUGAUACAACCUGUACAAAUCCCUCUCGUACAACAACAAAACAUCGUGCCUCACUGUAGCAGUUGUCGUUGUCUUGCACUAUUUACAUUUAACGAACGCCUGAACAACCUUUUCUCCUUUUAUUUUUAAAUACUGUUGAGACAUUUGUGAAGAUUUUAUGUCCUUUUAUUGGGUUUUGUUAAUGUUGAUUUCCUUUUUUAUGAGCUGUGACAAUGUUAUGAUGAUGUGUAUAUCCUUCCUAUUCAUUGAGCUCUCUAGUAAUCAGGUAUGCUUUCUCCACUGACCCUUUCACCUCUCCUUUAAGGAACAUGAGUAGGAUGUCUUUAUCAAAUCCACACUUGCGGAUUGUUUUUGCCUCCCUCUUUGUACCUUAGCACAGCUCCAUGCCCAUCCCCUUUAAAAUAUGUAGCCCAUAGCUCCCUUCCCUGGUCAUGAUUUUAAACUCCUUAAGCCUGUCCAUCACCCUAUAAACCGCCCCGCACCCUCAACAGCCCAACCUCAAACUUUCCCUGCCCGCUAUAUUACUCAAGCUGUGUCUUUUAAACCCCCCUUUUCUCAACCACUUUGUAUAGUUACCCUUGUCACUGCAGCUAUAGUGCCAUCUGUGGACCCCCGCCCCCCCCUACCUCUGUAUUGGAAAAGGUGGAAGGCCCACUUUGCUUUCGCUUUUAGAGAAACAAGGGAGGAAGAGCAGCGAGCCAGGAGAGCCAGGCGGGCGCGUUGCUAUGAGUCAGUUUUGUUCCAUCCCAAACAAGCGAGUGAAGUCUGGCCAGCGGUGAGACGGAUUAUCUCAGCCAUGCUUUUUUACGCGGAUACAAACGAAUGAUGAGCACUUAAGUAGGUUCAGAUGCAGCUCUCCUCACUCCCUGUUCUACCAUUUUAGCGAAUUAGGAUCUAAUUACUUUAAUGUACAUGUUGAAAUGUCAUUUUAAAGCAAGAGGGAAGCAAGUAAAUAAGAAGUACAAGAUAAGUCCUCAGAUCAAGGUCUCUUGUCCCUUUAUUUCCCCCCUACAUGUUUUUUUAACUUUUGUUGUUUUCCAAUGGAAACCAAUGUGUCCAGUUUGAUUUUUUUUUUUUUUUUCCUGAAUGGCAUUAGUAUUGUAGUAGAUUUAAAGGCUAGCUUUUUUUUGUAAAGUGUGAAUAAAAGAUGUAUCUCAUGUUUCCUUUCUAAAAAGA